UGCCAUCAUCUUCCUCGUGUAGCUGUUCGUGGCUUGAGGAAUGGCGUCGUUUAGGAACCUCUCCGUGCCACUUCUCUUGCUCACCAUCCUUUUUCCUAUGCUCGCACUCUGCUAUAUCAAUCCAGCUGCCACAAGCGUACACCAAAAUGCCACAAAGUCCUCUGCUUCUCGUGCUUACAUCGUGCUCGUAGAGCCACCGCGCUCGAAUGCCGGCGAAGACGCCCACCGCCAGUGGCACGAGUCUUUCUUGCCGACCUCGUUGGCGGAUGAGUCCAGCGAGUCGCGCCUUCUCCACUCCUACACAGAGGUGUUCAGCGGCUUUGCCGUGAGGCUCACUGACGCUGAGCUCGACACUAUGGCCAAGAAGCCAGGGUUCGUGCGUGCAUUCCCGGACCGAACGCUGCAGCUCAUGACCACCCACACGCCGGAGUUCCUCGGCCUAAAGAACGGCACCGGGUUCUGGAGCCGGGCUGGCUACGGGAAGGGAGUCAUCAUUGGACUACUCGACACCGGUCUCUAUGCGACGCACCCUUCCUUUGACGACCAUGGAGUUUCGCCACCCCCAACAAGGUGGAAGGGCUCGUGCAAGGCGGCCCGGUGCAACAACAAGCUCAUCGGUGCCAAGUCACUCAUUCAGGGUGAUGAAUUUGGCGACGAAGAGGGGCACGGAACGCACACCUCGUCCACUGCCGCCGGGAACUUCGUCACCGGCGCAUCAUACCAUGGUGCGGGCGUGGGCAAGGGCACCGCGGCCGGAAUUGCUCCUGGCGCUCACAUCGCCAUGUACAAGGUAUGCGCCAAUAGACGCUGUAAGCAAUCUGCCGUACUGGCAGGCCUAGAAGAGGCCAUCAAGGAUGGUGUGGACGUGCUCUCCCUCUCCCUUGGCGGUGACACGAUUGCCAGCUUCGAUGAGGACCCCAUUGCUAUUGGUGCAUUCAGUGCUGUGUCCAAGGGCAUCCUCGUGGUGUGCGCCGCCGGCAAUAGCGGUCCGAGGCCGGGCUCGAUCACCAACGAGGCGCCGUGGUUGCUCACGGUCGCCGCCGGCUCCCUGGAUCGGAGCUUUGCUGCCAGCCUGCAUCUCGGCAAUGGCAAGAGCAUCGACGGAGAAGCACUUACCCAGAAAGUGAGUCCGAGUUCAAAGUCACACCCUCUCCUCUACUCCGAGGAACGACGGUACUGCAAUUACAAGAGUGGCAGUGGCAUCACCGGUAAGAUCUUGGUCUGCGAAGGCACUAGGUCGAAGACUCAACAGUCCAACAUCCACAGAAUAGUGGGUGCUGGUGCGGCUGGUGUGGUGCUGUUCAACGAUGAAAUCAGCGGCUACAGCACCAUGGUUCAGGAUUACAACUCCAGUGUUGUACAGGUGAGCGCGGCCGACGGCGAUGUCCUCAUAGCUUAUGCCGCGUCAUCAGAGAGCAGCUCCGUGGCCUCUCUCAUCUACAACAACACACUGUUUGGUGUCCGUCCGGCCCCCGUCGUGCCCUUUUUCUCUUCCCGUGGUCCAAGCAUCAUCGCGGUCGGCAUCCUAAAGCCGGAUAUAUUGGCACCAGGCCUCAACAUCCUCGCCGCGUGGCCGCCAAGCACGGGCUCUGGAAGGGGCACUUUCAACAUCAUAUCAGGAACAUCCAUGGCGACGCCACACGUCAGUGGUGUCGCUGCGCUUAUCAAAAGCAUCCAUCCUGACUGGUCGCCAGCCGCCAUCAAAUCUGCCAUCCUAACGACGUCGGACAUCGUUAAUAGCACUGGUGGCUCAAUCUUGGACGAGCAACAUAGGAAGGCCGGCGUGUAUGACACAGGCGCCGGCCAUGUGAACCCGACCAGAGCCGCAGAUCCUGGCUUGGUGUACGACCUCAGCGUCACCGACUACGCCGGCUACAUCUGCUGGCUCCUCGGUGACAGCGGCCUAGCAACCAUCGUGCGCAACUCAAGCUUGACCUGUGCGAAGCUGCCCAAGGUCCAUGCUGUGCAGCUUAACUACCCGACGAUAACCGUGUCAGCGACAUCGACGCCAUUCACAGUGAAGCGGACUGUGACGAACGUUGGGCCAGCAAACUCGACGUUCACGGCGAAGGUGGACGCGCCAAGAUCACUGACAGUGCGUGUCUCCCCGGAGACGCUGGCAUUCUCCAAAACCGGAGAGAAGAAGACCUUCAGCGUGUCCGUGAGCAGCCACGGCUUGGGCGAGGAACUGCACUUGGAGGGAAGCUUGAGCUGGGUAUCGGAGAAGCAUGUCGUGCGGAGCCCCAUCGUUGCUGUCUCCCCAAGAGGCGAUACUGCUCCGGACCCAUCACCAUGAAUGAUGUACGUGCCGUGAAAUCAGUAAAUGUUUACUUUGUCAACAUAAUAAUAAAUAAACAGUAUUAAUGGAAA